AUGGAAGUCGUACUUGAAGCCGAUGGGCCGGCGCUGGACCAAGUUGACCUCGACGGAGACUUACCCCAGGGCUUCGUACCUUACGACAUGUCUGACGUAGGCGAAUUUUCGUGGCAUUCUAUUCUAAAGGCCACCAUGGACGAAGACACCUGUGUUGCAUGGUGCAUGAAGGUCGGUCACCUACCCAACGCCGCGACAUGCCCCAAGUGUGACCUGGCCAUGUCCUUCGCGUUCAAGUCCAAGCCAUGGCGUUGCAGACGUGCGGCGUGUACAGGCGGCGGGAGCGUUGAGCGUGGAAUGCGGUUUGCGUCGUGGUUCAAGGGUUCCAAGAUCCCUAUGGCGAAGCUGGUGCGACUUAUAUUUGCGUGGGCGUCAAGAAAGCCCGUUGGCAUAGUGAUUGCGGAAGAAGAAAUUGCGCGUGAGUCCGGUGUGGAUUGGUACCAGUACUGCCACGACCUGUGUUCGGCGGAAAUGUUGUGUGCCCCGAUGCUGACCUACUAG